AUGCCAACUGGGAGCGCGACAAGCAGAGUGGUGCUGCCCGCGACCGUCGACUGCUCGCGGUUCCGAGUUCGGGUCGGGCUCGUGCCGCUCUCGCAGGCCGUGGACCACUACCGGCCGCUGGACCUGACCAAGAUCGCCGACUGGCCUCACUCGGGGCCGCAGGCCGUCGUGGAGCUGGUGCGGGGGGGAGGUUGGGCUCGGAUUGGCGCUGUUCGCGUGCCACGCCCACUGGGCGCUCCAGUCGGGAGUGCACCCCGAGAGCGGGGUCUCGCUGGAGCACCGCAUGCACUGCCAGGCCGCCUCGCGCUGGGCCUGGGCUACGACUGCCUGGGCGCGAGCAACCCGGCCAGCCUCGAGUUUCUCGCCCGUCGACGGAGCGGGCGGCGCCGAUCAACCCGAAGGCGCCGUCUUUCCAAGGUUAAGGCAAGAUGA